AUACGAAACAUACGAAAUGUCAUCUGUUUUCAUAUCAAAGGGGAAUUAAAUUGAUGAAUUCAAUAAUUUCGUGCGAAUUAUAACGUGACAUAAGCGAAUAAACUCAAUUUAUGAUGGAAAUGGAAUGAACGACGACCGUAAUCGAAUUCGAAGCGGAAUUUUGAGCAUAGAGUUCUGCUUUGUAGUGGGAUUCGCAGUUUGUUGACAGUAGUUGACACAUGGACUUGGAUUCUGUUUGCUAACAACUAACAAACCAAACUAAGUCCGCGGUAUACAAAUAACAGAAAAUUGUAUUUUCCCAACAUUUCGUGUGUCCGGGUAAUUGACCAGGGAAAAUAUUUGUAAGAAAAUGGCUGCAACAAGAGAACGGCGUGGAAAUGCCGGCAGUAAAAUGUCCAAACUAUUGGACGAAGAGGAAGAAGAUGAUUUCUACAAAACAUCGUACGGUGGUUUUGAGGAAACGGAAAACGAUCGCGACUACAUACAGAAGAACGACGACGAGGACGAUAUAGUGGACUCCGAUUUCAGCAUUGACGAAAAUGAUGAGCCGGUGUCCGACAACGAAGAAGAAACAAAUAAACGGCGGAAAACAACUAAUAAGCGAGCGUACAAGGAACCACCUCCGAAAAAGCCAAACCAGACCAAGGACCCGAAAGCAAAAGUGAAAGUGAAGAAGAGCAUCACAAAGCGACUGAAAAGCAAGCGGUCAACAUACACCGUUCUGGAUUCCGGCAAAAUAUCACUAAGAAAAUCGACAGCACUUAAAUCGGCCGCCACAGAACAUCGAAUCAAAGCGAGAACAGAGGCUGCCAAAAAGAAACCGAAAUCAAGCAAGUCCGACGACUGGAUUCCGACACAAGAGGAACUGUUAGAGGAGGCGCUAAUCACAGAAGAAGAGAAUCUGGCAUCGUUGGAGAAGUUUAAGCAAAUGGAAAUCGAGAAGAAGAAAACCCGUCCAACGAAACGAAUAUUUACAGGACCGACAAUUCGGUACCACUCGUUGUCCAUGCCUUUGAUCGAAGUAUUACCGAAACGUACACGAGAAAGUAAUCGGGCGGUCGCUGCCGCUUCUACUGAAGAGUCGACUACAAAGACUGAGGAUAAUGAAGGACCCAGGAAGUCAAUAGCUGUUUCGACUGGACCUCGAUGUGAACGCACCUUUAUCACAUUCGAAAAUGACAUCAACGAAAGUGCAUUCAAUUCCAUAUUCACUCCGGCCAAGAAGCGUCGUAAUGGCAACUACAUUUGCUCCAUAACCAAACUGCCAGCUCGGUAUUUAGAUCCAAUAACUCGGCUUCCGUACAGAAACAAGGAAGCAUUUAAGGUCAUUCGUGAAGCAUAUUAUCAGUAUCUAGAGGCGUGGGCCGAUCCAAAACUCGUCGAUCUGGAUAAAUGGCUGGCUUUUCGAGCGAAGAUUAAAGAACAGCGACUCAAAUCGAAGAAAUUGAACCAUGCGCAGAGUGUCUGAUUUUUUAUUAAAUUUUAAUUUUAUUAAAAUCCGAAGAAUCACGA